AUGACUUUCGAGCGUCCUCAUUUGAUCGCUGUGUUAUUUAUCACGACUGUUUUAGUUCCUUUAUUAACAGAGGGCCUCGGAGACUGGUCCUACCAUGGUCGUGACGAUCCAAGCACAUGGAAGUACCAUUAUCCAGCUUGCAGCGGCAGCCGACAGUCCCCAAUAAACGUUGUACCAAAACACACGAUUUUUGAUGCAGAGCUCGACGACCUUGUUGUUAAUUACGAGCCAAGCAUUUCAGCUGAGCUACAAAAUAAUGGACAUACUGUUAAAGCCACGUUCAAGACCGGGAUGUCCAAUAUCUCUGGCGCUGGACUUCCAUCGACCUAUCGAGCCCUUCAGGUGCAUUUUCACUGGGGAAGCGAUGACUCGUACGGUUCCGAGCACCAAGUUCUGGGGAAAAAAUACCCAUUGGAAAUACACAUUGUGCACGUUAAUACUAAAUAUCCUAACGCCUCAGUAGCUAUGAAAAAAGAGGAUGGCUUAGCAGUACUUGGUAUCUUCGCCGAGAUUUCUGAGAAGGACAAUCCUGUAAUUGAUCCUAUAGUGAAAAAGUUAAACGCGACUCAUUAUAAAUCAGAUACUGCUUUUAUUCCAUCAUUACAGCCUUUUUUAUUUCUACCACAUAAUCUUGCUGCAUUUUACACUUACAAGGGCUCGCUAACGACGCCGGGUUGUUACGAAAGUGUACAGUGGUUUUUGUUCAAUCACACGUUCAAGAUUUCUCAUGAUCAACUUGCUCACUUCAGGGAACUUUCUGAAAGGACACGCCAAAGUACAAAGGACGAACACUUGCAAGAUAAUUUUAGGCCUCCACAGUCUUUAAAUGGAAGAGUAGUCACUCGAAGUUUCAGUAAGUAUGAUAUUUGCUAUUCUGUUAAAUAUUUCAUGCAUGAAUUGUAUUGCAAACAAUAUUGAGCACGGUUGUAUACAAUACAAAACGCGGCAAUUAUUUAUAUGACAUCUGGACAAACAUACUCCAACAAAAAUAGUGGAAGUUUUAGAUUGGAAUUAGACCCGUUUUUCCGUUUCAUUUGUUUCUAGACAUGCAAAUUUCAGGUCUUGCUAUGAUAUGCUAGAUGUAAAAAAUUCGUUUUAUUGGCUGACCAACAAUUAAAAGACGAUUUUAUUUUAAACGUUUAAUUAGUAGAUCGUUUUCACUUGAUUGGCAAGUUUCAAGAUUGUUUACAAGCAGAUAAAUUUUUUUCCCCAGCUACAUGGAACAAUAAUAUUUUUAACAUGGUGCAUGAAUUUUUUAACUGAUCAUUCCAUUUGGCCAACAAUCUUUUAAAAGUUUGGCUUUGUGCUCAGGGUGUCCAACCAAAAUGUGAAGUGAAAAUGACAGUGAUAAAGCAAAGCUAUGAACUAUUUUUGAAGAAAAGGCUGCUUAACCCUUUUUUGUAAGUCCCAACAGAAGCAUAUAAUAGGGUUACAUGCUUCUGGUUCCAAGAGUGACCUUAUACAUAUUUUAAUAUUUUCUCCUAAAAAAUAAUCAAUGCUUCAUCAAGCAGAAAGGUUGCAAGAAUUAUAAAAGUAUUACAAGGGGGAAAAUGCAUUUAUUCUUUAAUAGAUUAUCUCAACUAAAUCUUCAAGGAAAUGUACAGAGAUCAGUUUUGAUAAUUUUUAUUUGGAUACUGUGAGUAUAGGGUUAAUACAGGGUGAGAUACCCAGAUUUUAAACAUUUUAAAGGCUGCACUCUGAGAAAAUGCCAAGUGCUCGCCUCUGAGCCUGUAAACUGAAUCCAGGGUGUCCAGUCUAUGAUUUUUGUGAAAGAAAAACUAUGAUUUUCAAGUUGCCCGAGAGGAAAAGUAAGGUGAUUGGUGGCUAAAAUGCACUGUCAGAGUAGACUUUGGUACCUUCUCUUAAUGUCUGCGUUAACCAGGUUCUACACUACUAUGCCUGAUUUUUCACAUCCUCUGUUGUAGUCUAUGGUUCCAGGUUUGAGAUUUAAAAGAAUCUAAAAUCUUCGCCCAGGGAACCCUAAAAAACAGUUGUACAGUGGACCUUCCCUUAACUCUUUAAGCCCCAAUAUCAACUUAAAAAUUCUCCACACUGAUCUCCAUAUGGUUCCUUAAAAAAAUCUAGUUGAGAGAAUUUGUUUUAAGAUCAAAGAAUUUUCACUUAACUGAUGAUUUUAUUACCUCUCAUAACCUUUUCUCUUGAUUAUGUAUGGUUGUUGUUAGGAGAAAAUUGAUGUUGGCCACUCUUGGGACUUGAGGGGUUAACGGACACCUCUGUAACAUGGACACCUAGAGUUGGUCCAUGCCUUUCUUUACUCCUUUUAUUUGAAUCACCAUAAGGUAGACAUCGUUCAUUGUUCCAUUUUCAGAACGUCCACCAUUUCCAUGUGGUAAGACAUCCAGCACAACUCUGCAAUGCUCCCUCCUCGCUGAUGAUAAAUUUGUCUUUUAUGAGGCCAUAGUAAACAUGUGCACUAUACCGGCAACUGUUACUCUGGAUGUGUCUCAACCUGACAUUCAGGUCAAUUAUUCUAAGAUUUUAUACAGAGAUACUAAACCAAGGAAAAUUGGUAGGUAGUGUUUUGUUUGUCAAUUGUAUGUUUUUAACUUUUGAUUGAAGUAUGUAGUCCCAGGGCUCGAAGCAAGGUUCAUCUUUUCUACAGUCCAGGAAAAGUGGAUUUUUUCUUCUUGUGCUCGCAUGAAUUCUGUACUUAGACUACACCUCACACCUCUGAAGCUAGGAACUACAUUUUUACAGAGCAGUGAACUUGUAAUUGAAAAAAUUUAUAGUAAACAACUGCAGGGGCGGAUCCAGGAUUUUUUUUAGGAGGGGGUGCACUCUUCUCUUGCUCUACUUCAACACCAAUAAACCACAUAGUUUGGCAGAAUACCAGUUGUAUUAGAAAACCGCAGGUCAUCCCAGGGGGGGUGCGCACCCCCUGCACCCUCCCCCUAGAUCCACCCCUGAACUGCUUCUUUUAUCUUUUUCAGGGAAUCUUGAUUAUGGAUUUGCCCUGGAGAUGCGACAGGCCAAACCUUCAACUUUACAUGUUUCUGUAAGAGCUCACAAGCCU